AUGGGUUUUUACAGCCUCACCUCUUUUGUGACCGAGCUCACACUCUGCAUUUGGGUUUUGACCCUCUACUUCGCCUUCCCCCUUUACUUCUCCAUCCAGCUUGGAUGCCAACCUGUCUCAACACUCAAGUUUAUCUUGAUCCUUUAUGUGAAGACUAUCAGACGUCUCCUCGUUUACUCCGACCUUGUCCUUCUAUAUGUCAUCCGAGUUGUCUGUCGGAUUGAACAUUUUCUCGCACCCAACAUGGAAGGAAAAGCUACAGAGCUACUGGCGGUCCUGAAGAACAAUAACCUUGCGAUUGAUGUCAAGGUCAGCCACCUGCUGGGCAUCAAAUCUGAUAUCAAACAGAAAAAUGUUCCCGAUAAUGCAGUGGAUUUGAUCUUCGAGAGCCUACGGCUGGCGAUCACAUCUCACCACGCCGCCCUCUACGCAGCCGGUUUCUCUACGCUUGGACACUUCCUGAAGCGGCUGUUCAUACAGGACCAGGCUCAUGUCGUCUCCGCUUAUGCCCGUCACUUUUGCCCUGUACUUCUAGAGCGCCUGGGAGACCACAAAGAGCGUGUCCGCACCCAAGCUGCUCAAAUAUUUACCGAUUUAUGGCCAGCUGCCAGCGCUGAUGUAGAGCACUAUGUACUCGAAGUAGCCUUGACGGGGAAAAACCCCAAGGCCAAAGAGACAAGCCUGAUAUGGCUAUCUAAUAUGUCGAGAAAUCACGGUCUCCUUUUCCGAUCAUAUGUGCCGAGCGUGGUUUCAUGCUUAGAAGAUGCAGAUAGUUUCGUGAGACACACUGCCAAAUCGACUGUAGUCGAACUAUUUCAGGGUGCGCCUGCACGGGCCAAAGCAGACCUGACCAAAGAAAUGACUGCUCAGAACGUUCGUCAAUCGAUCAUGAAUGCAGUUUAUGCAAAUAUCGGACUUGAAGACCACUCUUCCACCGCUCGCCCGCGCUCACGAGUAGAGCCUCGGUAUACCCCCUGCACGGAUGCUCAUCCUCUACGUGCCGCCUCUCGAGCAGAGCUCGGACACCAGCAGUCUACUACUAUGAUCUCCUCAGCCCCCCUAAGACCCUCUAAAGAAGCCACACCAGUGGUUGUGGAACCGGAACCGAUCAAAAGCCGCCCUGGCUCAUCAAAGAGCGAACGGGAACGGACGACAGCUGCGGCUCCUGAGGCAGAAAACGCAUCACAUAUGGAACCUGCCCAACCGAGCACCCAGGAUGGUGAAAUUCCUAAGCCGCUUCAUGCCGAAACGCCGAGGCACGUCGAAGAUCUCUUCCGCGUGAUGUCUCCUGCUUUCGAGGGUCGCGAGUCCGAGGACAAUUGGAAACACCGUGAAAAAUACAUUAUUUCUCUCCGCCGACUUACCUACGGCAACGCACCCCAGGAUUUUCCUCAGCCAUUCUUUACCGGGGUUAAGUCGAAUCUCGAUGGCAUUUUCAAAGCAGUCAACUCCCUUCGCACCACUUUGUCCACCAAUGGGUGCCUCUUGAUACAGGAUCUAGCCAAGAUCGGCGGAUCCAGAAUGGACCCGAUGGUUGAGGUCAUUAUGCAGAACCUGAUCAAGCUUUGUGGCGGGAUGAAAAAGAUCAGUGCUCAAAACGGUAAUGUCACCGUCAACGACGUCCUGGCCAAUGUGACUUACACUCCACGCCUCCUGCAACAUGUGGCGAGCGCAUGCCAGGACAAGAACGUUCAGUUACGUCUGUCUGCUGCGGGGUGGCUUAAAACCUUGCUCAACAAGCAAAGCCACCACAAGAGUUCGCUUGAGCACGGUGGCGGCUUAGCACUUCUUGAGAAGUCCCUAAAGAGGGGACUUACCGAUGCUAAUCCAGGCAUAAGAGAAGCGAUGAGGGGCGCCUUCUGGACUUUCUAUCGGAUGUGGCCCACAAGGGGCAACAACAUUCUAUCCGAUCUCGACAACAAGACCCGCCACCUACUCGAAAAAGAUCCGGCGAAUCCAAACCGUGAUCAACUAAGUUCCUUGUCAAGCGACAGUCUCACCGUGCCUAGUCGCUCCGCCUUGAAAGAGGCCAUUGCAGCACACAAAAAAGCUCGUCUUGCACCAGCCAAGACUUUACCUCCACGACCGGAAUCGGCCCAGUCGUCGUUUGGUGAAACGAAGACAUCUGAUCACUCGGCGAAGUCUACUGGGCGCACCGCUCGGGCACCUCUUUCUUCACUUUCUUCUGCGCCUGUGCGACCUGGUGCUAAACCUCGCCGACCCGAAUUGGCACGCCCCGCGACUGCCGAUCCAUAUUCUUCUCGCAAAACCGCCGCCACAGAACGCGCUCACAUUGACAGCUCGCCAAGACCUAAGAGGGUAGGAAACUUGGGGCAGGCGGCUAGCUCAACUAAGAGCAAGCCCAAGAAACUCGAUAUUCCCAUGACGAUGGCCGUCGACCCAGUUGCACCUAACGCGAGCAACGAAAAUGGGACCCAGAUGACUAGUAAGGUUAGAAAGCGUUCCAGCUUGUCUGAACAAUUCGCUGCGAUCAAGAGAGGUAUUCGGGCCAGAACAUCCCCCAAAACGACACCCAAAACAACUCCCGAAACAUCGCCCGACACAUCUCCCAAAAUAUCCCCCCAAACACCCCACAAUGAACCAGAUGAUUGCGAUAUAAAUGCCCUGGGCGAAUUAUCUAUCAAUAAACCAGAUCUUCCCGAUGAAAUCGCCCUGGGCGAAUCAUCCAACAAUGAACCAGAUCGUCACCAUGAAUAUGUACCGAGCGAAAUAUCUAUCAAUGAACUAGAUCGUGGCGAUGAAGAUGCACCGAGCGUAUCACCUAUUAGUGGACCAGAUCAUCACCAUGAAAAUGCCCUGGGUGAAUUAUCUAUUAAUAGACUAGAUCGUCGCGAUGAAAAUGCGCUGAGCAAAUCACCUGUUAGUGAACCAGAACGUCGCGAUGAAACUGCCUUGGGCGAAUUAUCUAUCAAUAAACUAGAUCGUCGCGAAAAUGUACCGAGCAAAUCACCUGUUAGUGAACCAGAACGUCGCGACGAAAAAACGAUUGACUCUGUUGAAACUACAUCUCAACCCCACCGACGUGUCGAAGAAUCCGAGCCUUUUUACGCGCGCUUAAAGGUCCGCAGUCGCCUGAGCAACAAACGAAGGAACAUCAGUCCACAUUCAGAACAACUAGAGAAUGCAAAAGAGAUGGUCCGGGUUGCGGGUCAACGAAUCCGCUCCAGGUCAUUCGACCUAUUUGCAUACCGAAAACUGCAGGACCUUAUUCAUUAUCAUGGAGAGAAACUCUUCACUCGGCCAGUGUUUGAUGAUUUGCUCGACGGACUGUUGGUGGAGCUGCGCAAAGAACCGAGCCCAGAUAGAAAACACAAUGGUGACUACGCAGACGUGAAGACCCAGGUCGUUGGGACACUUCGACUGUUGGAAAAGAGCUGCCCGAACUUCUUUGUGAUUGAUUAUGACGCGAUAGACGCCGUCUUUCACGCGAGAAGAUACUUCGAAACCAACUCUUGGAUUGUUCAAGAACUCCAGCAAACAGUGUUGGAGUGGUUCCGUCACUGCGAGCCAUCAGGGCUCGAAGGCAUGCUGGAUACACUUGUCCAAUAUGUACAACGUGAGACGCGGGACGGGCCGGGAUAUCGGUCCAUCCUUAUGGCCCUCUCUCUACUCACUGACCUGAUUGGGGAUGCAAACAAGAGGGGGACUUGGUUCUCGCAUCAGAUCUUGGAGCAGGUUGGGACAAUAGCAGCAAGGGACAUCCUAGCCGAAGACACCGACAUAAGAAAGAAGUCUAUCGAACUCUGUGUCCAACUAUAUGCGAUGUCUUCUAACCUGUAUCAAGACAAGGGGGUAUCUUUCUGGAGGCUGGUGAAAGCUCCCGAGGGGGGCACCCGGCAAUUGAUAAUGUACUACAUAGCCAGGCAGUAG